UACGCGCCCGCGCUCCUCGGCGGGGAGGAGCGCGGCCGCGGGGGCGCGCCCCGGUGACUCCGCCCCCCCAGCUCCCCUCCCCUGAGCCCGGGAGCCCGGCUCGCGCGGCUAGGUGCGAGGAGACCCGGGACCCCACGCCCGCCCGCCCUGCCCAGCGCCCCCGCCCCGGCGUGCGAGGCGCCGCUCCCUCCUCUGCCCUCCGCGGUGCAUGGAGGGGCCCGUUCGGAUCGCAGCCGCCGCCACCGUAGCCGCCGCCGCGCGCGCGCGAGGGGAUGACCUGGGGGUGGCUUUCCGAGCCGGCUGCCGCGCAGGAGGUCUGGAGACUUAGCCAGCCCCGCGGAGAGUGAAUUUCAUACCUCCUGAAAUCCAUCCGCAGAUUAGAAUAGAGAAAAAGAACUAAAACCUGGCAGGUUUGAGAAUCUUCCAGAAUGAGACGUGGCCAUCGAUUCGCACUGAAGUGACCCACAAUUACCCCUGGGAAUGUGGCAUAGCUCUGCUGUGCUGAGGCAGAAAAAUGAAUGCUAUCGACUCAAAACAGUUCAGUCUUUCUCAGUGAACCAAGGCCUGGGUUUUGCUCUGGAAGCCUGUCCUGCCUGCUUCUGUAAUCUGGCGCUAUGCAUCCGGAUCUUGGACCCUUAUGUACACUGCUAUAUGUUACUCUUACAAUUCUGUGCUCUUCUGUGAGUUCAGACUUGGCACCUUAUUUUACUUCUGAGCCACUCUCUGCCGUCCAGAAACUUGGUGGACCUGUAGUACUACAUUGUUCUGCUAAACCUGGGACCACUCAUAUCUCAUGGUUGCAUAAUGGAAAAAAAUUGGAUGGAAACAUGGAACAUAUUAAGAUUCAUCAGGGGACUUUGACAAUUCUUUCUCUUAACGCCUCCCUUUUGGGUUACUACCAGUGCCUUGCCAACAACAGCAUCGGUGCCAUUGUGAGUGGCCCGGCAAUAGUAUCCGUGGCAGUUCUUGGUGAUUUUGGUUCAUCCACAAAGCAUGUUAUUACAGCAGAAGAAAAAAGUGCUGGUUUCAUUGGCUGCAGGGUACCAGAGAGUAACCCCAAAGCUGAGGUGCGCUAUAAAAUCCGGGGAAAAUGGCUGAAACAUUCCACAGAGAAUUACUUAAUCCUUCCAUCAGGAAAUCUUCAGAUUUUGAAUGUAUCCUUAGAGGACAAGGGAUCAUACAAAUGUGCAGCUUAUAAUCCUGUCACACAUCAGUUAAAAGUUGAACCUAUUGGCCGAAAGCUCCUUGUGAGUCGUCCUUCUUCAGAUGAUUUUCACAUUCUUCACCCCACCCAUUCACAGGCAUUAGCUGUUCUUUCUCGUAGCCCCGUAACCUUGGAGUGUGUGGUGAGUGGGGUCCCGGCUCCUCAAGUGUAUUGGCUAAAGGACGGGCAGGACAUUGCACCAGGAAGCAGCUGGAGAAGGUUGUAUUCUCAUCUUGCCACAGAUAGCAUUGACCCAGCGGACUCUGGAAACUAUACCUGCAUGGUGGGAAACAAGUCUGGAGAUGUAAAAUAUGUGACUUACAUGGUUAAUGUACUUGAACAUGCUUUCAUUUUUGAAGGACUACAGGAUCAGAUAGUGUCUCUGGGUGCCACAGUACACUUUACCUGUGGCGUUCGUGGGAACCCAGCCCCCAACUGUACCUGGUUUCACAAUGCACAACCUAUUCAUCCUUCCGCACGACAUCUAACUGCAGGAAACGGACUGAAAAUCAGUGGGGUUACCGUGGAUGAUGCCGGGAUGUAUCAGUGUGUAGCAGAUAAUGGGAUUGGAUUUAUGCAGUCUACUGGAAGACUUGAAAUUGAAAAUGACAGUGGAUUCAAGCCAGUUAUAAUUACGGCACCAGCAAGUGCAAAGGUGGCAGACGGAGACUUUGUCACUCUGUCCUGCAAUGCCAGUGGGCUGCCGGUUCCGGUCAUUCGUUGGUAUGACAGCCAUGGAUUGAUAACCAGCCAUCCAUCUCAAGUCCUGAGAUCUAAAUCCCGAAAAUCACAGUUAUCAAGACCUGAGGGCUUGAACCUGGAGCCUGUGUACUUCGUCAUGUCCCAAGCUGGUGCAAGCUCUCUCCAUAUUCAGGCUGUGACUCAGGAACAUGCGGGGAAAUACAUCUGCGAAGCUACAAAUGAACAUGGUACCACACAGGCAGAAGCAUCUCUCAUGGUUGUUCCUUUUGAAACAAAUACAAAAGCAGAGACAGUCACACUUCCUGAUGCUGCUCAGAAUGAUGAAAGAAAUAAGAGAGAUGGUUCAGAAACCGGGUUACUGAGCUUAUUUCCAGUGAAGGUCCAUCCCAGUGCAGUGGAAUCAGCACCAGAGAAAAAUGCCAGCGGCAUCUCUGUUCCUGACGCCCCCAUCAUACUGAGCCCCCCACAGACCCACACACCAGACACGUACAACCUGCUGUGGAGGGCAGGCAAGGAUGGUGGGCUGCCCAUCAAUGCUUACUUUGUGAAAUAUCGAAAGCUGGACGAUGGGGUUGGCAUGGUGGGAAGCUGGCACACGGUUCGAGUCCCAGGAAGUGAAAAUGAGCUCCAUUUAGCUGAGCUGGAGCCAUCUAGUCUUUAUGAAGUCUUGAUGGUAGCAAGAAGCGCAGCAGGUGAAGGCCAACCUGCCAUGCUUACCUUCCGAACCAGCAAAGAAAAAACAGCAUCAUCAAAAAACACCCAGGCAUCCUCUCCACCCGUGGGCAUCCCUAAGUAUCCUGUUGUUUCAGAGGCUGCAAACAACAAUUUUGGAGUGGUACUUACAGAUUCCUCUAGGCACAGUGGAGUUCCAGAGGCACCAGAUCGGCCUACCAUCUCCACUGCGUCAGAGACGUCGGUCUAUGUCACUUGGAUUCCUCGGGCAAAUGGGGGUUCUCCAAUCACUGCCUUCAAAGUCGAAUAUAAACGGAUGAGGACCAGCGAUUGGCUGGUGGCAGCUGAAGACAUCCCUCCUUCCAAACUUUCAGUGGAAGUUCGUAGUUUAGAACCAGGUUCAACAUACAAAUUUAGGGUCAUUGCCAUCAACCAUUAUGGUGAGAGUUUUCGGAGUUCAGCAUCUCGCCCUUAUCAGGUGGCUGGGUUCCCCAGUCGCUUUUCCAACCGUCCGGUAACUGGACCCCACAUUGCGUACACAGAGGCUGUCAGCGAUACUCAGAUCAUGCUAAAGUGGACGUACAUUCCAUCAAGUAACAACAACACUCCCAUUCAAGGAUUUUACAUCUAUUACCGACCAACAGAUAGUGACAAUGACAGUGAUUACAAGAGGGAUGUUGUAGAAGGUUCAAAGCAGUGGCACAUGAUUGGCCACCUGCAGCCAGAAACCUCCUAUGACAUUAAAAUGCAAUGCUUCAACGAAGGAGGAGAAAGUGAAUUUAGCAAUGUGAUGAUCUGCGAGACUAAAGUGAAACGUGUUCCUGGAGCUUCUGAAUAUCCUGUCAAAGACUUGAGUACCCCUCCAAAUUCUUCGGGAAGUGGAGGAAAUGUGGGGCCUGCAACCGGCCCUGCCAGAAGCAGUGACAUGUUAUAUCUGAUCGUUGGCUGUGUGCUGGGCGUCAUGGUCCUCAUUCUGAUGGUUUUCAUUGCAAUGUGCCUGUGGAAGAAUCGCCAGCAGAAUACCAUACAAAAAUACGACCCACCAGGAUAUCUCUACCAAGGAUCAGAUAUGAAUGGGCAGAUGGUGGAAUACACCAGUCUCUCGGGAGCAAGUCAGAUAAAUGGAAACGUUCACGGAGGCUUCCUAACCAAUGGUGGUCUCAGCAGUGGCUAUUCCCACCUUCACCGUAAGGUCCCCAACGGAGUCAAUGGAAUUGUGAAUGGGAGCCUAAAUGGAGGGCUUUACUCUGGACACACCAACUCUCUAACCAGGACACAUGUGGAUUUCGAACAUCCUCAUCAUCUAGUGAAUGGUGGUGGAAUGUACACGGCCGUGCCUCAGAUUGACCCUCUGGAGUGUGUUAACUGCCGAAAUUGUCGAAACAACAAUAGGUGUUUCACCAAAACCAACAGCACUUUCAGCAGCAACCCUCUUCCUGUGGUCCCUGUAGUAGCACCUUAUCCUCAGGAUGGUUUGGAAAUGAAGCCCCUCAGUCACAUGAAGGUGCCUGUAUGCCUGGCUUCCGCAGUCCCUGAUUGUGGCCCGUUGCCUGAGGAGAGCGUCAAGGACAAUGUGGAACCAGUCCCUACUCAGCGUACCUGCUGUCAGGACAUUGUAAAUGACGUCAGCUCUGAUAGCGCAGAAGAUCCAGCAGAGUUCAGCAGAGGUCAGGAAGGCAUGAUCAACCUUGGGAUUCCAGAUCGUCUUCAGUUAGCUAAGAGCUGUGUAUGGGAAGGAGACAGCUGUGCCCAUUCAGAAACAGAGAACGACGUUGUAAGUUGGAAUGCUCUUAUUUUGCCACCUGUGCCAGAGGGCUGUGCUGAAAAGACAACGUGGUCUCCGUCUGGCAUUCCUUUAGACGGCCCGACAGAGGUCCUUCAGCAGCCCCAGGAAACCUGAGGAUGUGCAAACAACCGGUCAUUUUCCAACUUCAAGCCAGUAACUGCACAAAACAGGCCUGGGAGUGAACUGUGUGAAGGACCUUAAUUCAAAUCAGAGAAAAUCAUUAUUUAUUUUUUUGUAGUAGUAAUGUCAUAUGAAUGUAUCUUAAAAUGUGUGCCCUUUUAUAUUAUUUAUGCCUUAAAUGUUUUCUUCCCCAUUCCUUCCUCCCCCCAGUAGGAAACAACCUUGUUUUGCAUAGUAUUCAGUCACCUGGAGGGCCGAGGGGUCCUUCCAUGUUUUCUAACAGCUACAGUGACAGCAAGAGCUCCUCAUGCAAAGGAUCCCAUCUCGUGGCUGUUUUGGCUGGGAGGGAAUGCAGGGGCCACUUGAAGGUUGCCACCCGCUGGCUUUUCAGGUAGAAAAUGGUCUUUUAAUAGUGUAUUCUCAGACUUUUUUUUUUUUUUUUUGAGAUGGAGUCUUGCUCUGUUGUC